CUCGUCAACGUCCAAGUUCAUAUUUCUUAAUGCGGCCUUUAUCACCACGACUAAGUAAACAUCUCAAUAAAAACUACGCAUCAAUAGCUAACAAUGGACGAUUACUACACAGCAAUAUCGUUAACAUCAAUACUAUUUCAUACAAUGACUGGUUCAAUAGCCCCAUAAUACCACCGCCGCACAUAAAACAGCGAUGUAUGCUAAACGUAAUAAAGUACCGCAAUAUUAGUUGUCCCACGUUGGGCGCCAAUGCCAAGAUACAAACAAGCUUUCACAUGCCAAGGACUUUAAGUAUCUGUAAUAAGGUUUCGCCUGAUCUGUGCGAAAAUGUUUUUCAUUAGAGCAGUUCGAUGCGGCGGGGUUGGGGGGCGUCGCUGAGUCUGCCCGAGCCCGAGCCAGUCAGUUGCGCCGCAGCUUCUGCCGAGAGCGCACGCGUUGACGCGGGGACAUUACACAUGACAUAAGACGGAUUGUGAGUGUAGCGGUUACAUAAUUUGUUUUUGUAUCUUUUGAUUGGCUGCUUAUAAUAAGUUCAUUCAAAUUUCUAUUCAAUCUAUGCUAGAAUUAGUAAAUGCGAUGUAUACCACUGGGUAUUCUCAUACGUAUUACGUACUUAUCUAGUACCCAGCGGAUUGGGAUUUUUAGGUUAUACCUACCGACCGCUUAGAAACAAAUAGAAUAAAUAUGGGAAUAAAAUAAACACUACACAGACUUUGAAAGACUCGUGUUUUCGUGUGUGUUCGUGAGUGUCCGUGCGAGUGAGACGGCGAGAUUCAAGACGGCGGCGUUGGAGUAAGAUGGGCGAUAAUGCUGAUGGGCAGUACAAGUACAGAACAACACUUCCUGUUGCCCAAUUCAGCCGUGGCGACUUCUCCCUGUGGUCGGUCCUGAAGAACUGCGUCGGCAAGGAGCUGUCGAAGAUCACCAUGCCGGUCGUGUUCAACGAGCCGCUGUCGUUCUUGCAGCGCAUGCUGGAGUACCUGGAGUACGCGCACUUGUUGCGCAUGGCGUCCGAGCAGACGGACCCGGUGGCGCGCAUGGAGUACAUCGCAGCAUUUGCGGUGAGCGCCCUGGCUUCCAACUGGGAGCGCCUGGGAAAACCCUUCAACCCGCUCCUUGGAGAAACCUACGAACUCGAGCGCCCAGAAUUCAGGGCAGUCUGCGAGCAGGUGUCCCACCAUCCCCCAGUGUCUGCGUUCCACGCUGACAGCCCCCACUUCGUGUUCCACGGCUCCGUACACCCCAAGCUCAAGUUCUGUGGCAAGAGCGUCGAGAUCCAGCCCAAAGGCCAUGUCACAGUUGAGCUGCCGAGAUGGGGCGAGGCUUACACUUGGACUAACGUGAAUUGUUGCGUUCACAACGUGAUUGUAGGCAAACUGUGGAUCGAGCAGUAUGGUGCUAUGGAAGUCACAUGCCAUGGUGGUGCAGGGCUCAAGGCGAAUCUGGCGUUCAAACCUGCUGGCUUUAACAACAGGGAUCUGCACCGGGUCGAUGGCUUCAUCACUGACCAGAACAAAAAGAAAAUCCGCUUCCUCUACGGCAAGUGGACGGAGUUCAUCAAGGUCUGCAGCGCGGCCGCGCAUGAGCAGUGGGCACGGGAGCAGGAGGCCAGCGCCACACCGGCGCAUACGCCGAAGAAAGUGCUGGCUAAGCUCAACAGCUUCAAAGUGGGCGCGCUGCGGUCUAUGUCUAUUCAGGAUCCUGAAGACCCAGACAAUGACGAGGUACCGAAGUCAGACGACACUUAUAACAUCGACAUUCCUGGCUCUACCGCCCUCUGGGAAGCGAGGAGCCGGCCCACCAACAGUGCACAGUAUUACCAAUUCACUGAAUUCGCCAUGUCGCUAAACGAGGUUGAGCGAGAUAUGAAAGGGCAGCUGUGCCCGACGGAUAGCCGUCUACGGCCAGACGUCAGGCUUUUGGAGCAGGGAGACAUUGAUGCCGCUGCUGCCGAGAAGACCCGGCUUGAGGAGAAACAGAGGACAGCCAGGAAAGCGCUAAAGAAAUCUCCUGAUGGAUGGCAACCUAGGUGGUUCAGUCAAGGCACGAACCCCUACACGAAGCAGGAGGACUGGCUCUACAACGGCGGUUACUGGGACCGCAACUACCAACAUCUAAAGGACAUCGACAUAUUCUAAGAUCUCAUAUUAGCAGAAUCUACUGUGUGUAUCAUUUGGUGUAUCACCGAUGUGUAGACAUAGUUUUUUUAUGCGUUCGUGCUUAAAAGUGCAGUACUUUCCGUGUAAAUUAUGUAGGGAGUGCACCCGGUACUGGUUUUCUAUACAAAUACAGUACUGGAACUGGGAAUUCCCGGUUCUCGCCAUACAAACUCAGUACCGGGAGCAUUCCCUAAAAUUAUGUAAGCGUCGCUGCUUAAUCUACAUUGAAGCAAUAUUCAUGUACAAAUUGCAACACUCUAACUGUAUAUCGGUGGACUUUAUUACAAAAGUAUGGUAUGUAAUGCUAAUGCCUACACAUGUUCAGAUUUUAAAGGUAUGAUGUAUCCAAUCACUGAUAUGCAGUCGGUAUUUCCUAAAUUGCGAAAUUACCACUUGGAAAUAUUUAGGAAACUUCGGGAGAAAGGAAGGGAUCAGAAUUAUCCAUUUCUAAAAUGCUAAAAUGAAGGUUUGCUUUGUAUUGUAUGAAAUUGGUAACAAUCAUAGUUUUAAAAUCUUAAUACGCUUCCCAAAGACAGCAAAAUAAAUAGUAAUUAUCAGAUUAUGGAAGUAAUAUUUUCACCAUAAUUUAUGAAAUGAUCAUUUUUAUUGCUCCAUUUUCAUGAAUAAUUACGUAAUGAAACUAUGUGAGUGAUAAAUAUUUCUUAAGUAGGUAUUUAUAUUUUCAAUUCUACUGCCAUUAUUCGUUUAUUUUAUUCCUCCUUAAUUGAACUGAAAGCAAGUAUACAACAUACUAAACCUAUUUCAAUUUGAUUCUUCCUCAUUAUUUAAUAGGUAUUUUUUUAAAUAGCUGACUAAAUUGAAUGAUCAAAUUUCAAUAUAAACUAGUUUUUAUAAUUUAGUGAUUAUAUAUUAAAACUUGAAGUAGAACUAAAAGCUUAAUUAUAUAAUACGAUUGAGAAUCAUUAGAAAAUAAAAUUUUAUGAUAUAAGUAUAAGUACCUAAACAUUAUUUAGUCUAAAGAGGCGUGUAUACACGCAUGUAUACAAAUAGCUAUACUUAUUUAAUUCGUAAACGCAAGAAUUAUUUACUGUCUGUCUAAAAGAAUAUAAGGUCAAUCGGGACCACAGCCAAAACAUCCUCCAGACUGAGCAUAGUCGCGUUACCCUCUCUGCCACACAUACGGUAAUACUCCAUGUUCGAGUCGAAAGUGUCUUUGUGUGACGUCCGUAUCUUUGAACGGACCAAUCACGUCACGGGACUUCGCUCACCUCGUCCCGCGCACCCCCGCAUUUUUGGCAUCAUCGGUUGCAUAAAAUAAUUGCUCUAAGCUCUGUCUAGAGGAUUCCUAGUCUAUGAUCGGGACACGUAUCUCGUUUGACUUUAUAUUUUUACAUGGGGUAACUGCGCCUAUUUUACGAAUUUAAGUUUAGACUUUACAUGCUCGUUUUCCUUUACGGGAUAAAACGGUCGCGAUGGAAGGACCUCUGCCAAGUAUUUCAUGGAAUAGGCGCACUUGUCCCAAGUAUAGAUAGUUUCAUUGAUGCUUCACUGUUUCUAUUUGGACUGCGUUAUGGAAUAACGAACUAUCGUUAUUCCAUAACGCAGUCCAUUUUAAAGUAAUGCAAACAUAAAACAAAUUCGAGUCAAUUAUUAAAUAAUUGUUAGAUAAACUGUGGGGUGUAAGGGCAUUGCUAUGAGUAGGUAGUUGGGUGUCUAUUUAAAACUAUUAAGUACAAUCAGCAACACUCCUAACUGUACAUCGGUGGAACUUAUUAUAAAGGGCAUAAGUUCCCCCGAUGUACAGUGUGGGCGAUGGUACACUAUCUCUAGCAUUCUAAAGUUGUUCUUACAAAUGUUAUAAUGCGUAGGCAUUUUGUUAAAUGUAAAUAUAAAACAAAAUGGCGGCGAGAUGAUCUCACAUAUGUAGUGUUAUAUAAUAAGCAUUUGAUGCUACAAGUAAUAGAUAUAAGUUUGUAUAGCUAUAAGACGUACCAUCGUACUAGACGUGGCUUAGGCUGCCUUUCCACUGUAGUGGAGAUAAUCGGAAAUGAGAGGACACGUGUGGGUAUCAACUAGAGAGAGCGAAAUAAGAAAUGUGGAUCAGUGGCGGCGCGUCUAGAUUGUUCGUAGGCAAGCCGUAUCUAAGUUGCCAUUCCUUUUCUUCAUAAGUUUAAAGAAAAUGGCCCAGGAGCCUGAAUAUCAGAUAAGCCGAUGGGAAUCGAGUUCUAUGGACGCUCCGCCACUGAUGUGGAUUCCCCUCCGUUCCUUCUGCACCUCAUUGGAAAGGUACAUUUAUUAAUAUGUAAUGUAUUAACUGGGUGUUUUUUGUUUCAAUUUGUAUUUUAGUUCAAUAUAUGCUUUACAGUAGCUACAUAAUUUAUAUUUUAUGAAAAAUAUUAUAUUUUUCAUAAAAUAUAUUAAAAAUACACUAUGCUAUGCGUCAUCGAUAUGAUGACAUGCCACCCUUAGUUUUUUUUUCGUUUUACAUACAAUUUGGUAGGUACUUUUUUACUACCCUACUAAUUUCAGUUUUACAAUUUAUUUAUCAAUACACAUAGGUAGUAUUCUUAAUUUGAUUCGAUCCAUAUCUAAUCCAGAUUGAAUUCAUAUCCUAAACUUUAAAUUUGAAUACGCCUGACAUAAUUAUGUAGUGAAUUUAUAAUCCUUCUCCAUCGUAUUUUCUCUGAAAAGUUCGAAUUUGUCAUGCUACUUCAGUCAGUCCAGUAUGGUCCAGUACAAAAAGUACCAAAGAGAAUAGAUAGUAUAGAACCCCUGUCAUAGUAAAUUUCGUAGUCACAGUAAAUUUACUGCCAUCAAUCGACACAGGACUAAAACUCAAAAUGAAAACGUAUAAAAUAUCAAAAAAAAAAAAAAUAUAUAUAUAUAUAUAUAUGAAUAAAUCAUGUUAUUAUUUUUAUACAAGAACAUGGGUCGUUCAUUCACUGAUAUCUAUGUGUUAAAAUUGUUAAAUAUGAAACGGUGUCGUCACGCCAUCUAGGAAAAGAAUGGGCCAAAGCUGUGUGCGCCAUUUAUCCGGGAAUGACUUUUUCUUGAUUUCCGAGGCACAUUUUUUUCCUUAGACUUUAUUCAUCUUAUACGAAGUUACAUAUGUCUUUGAAAAGUACUAAGGCAGACUUGCAGUAGCAUGACAAAUUUAUACGAACGUUUCCGACAGUGGACGACUAGGACGUACUUUUAGGGCCAGUUGCACCAACCACAAUUAACAGACUGAUCAACGUCAAGCAGCAGAUAACUAUGAAACUUUCCAUACAAUAAAAUUCAGCGAACGCUAAAACGGUGACAAACGUUUUGGUGCAACCAACCCUUAGACAGUAAACUGUUUUUUAAAAGCAUUUUUUUAUUUAAAUUAAAUAGUUCACCAGAGUUGAUUUUGCUAAAAAUAGUACGAAAAUUAUAGGUAUUCUCAUAGUCUAAUAAAACAUGGUCUUCUCUUCCUAGAGUGACACAAGCCUACGUCACAGUAACAUGGCCGCUAUAUAUAGCGCUAUCGCAUAUUAUCAUAUAGCGCUGUCGCAUGAUGACGUAGGCUUGUGUCAGUCAGGUGACCUAGAAAAGACGGGAAGAGAGUACCAGGCGGAGUAUAUUAUUAUACCAUGGGUAUUCUAAUUGUAAAGGUAGUAACUACCUGAAAAUAUUAUUUUAAGCAUAAAGAUUGGAAGUAAUUGAAAUAGUUAGGCGACCCUCCAAUAAGAAAUUGUAUAAAUAUGGUUGAGGGCAUUUAGCUAAUUAAUUAAUUAUUUAAUAACGAAUAAGUACAGUAAUACAGUCAAAAGCAAUAAAAAUGGAACGAUUACCAGCAUGAGAAUAGAAUACAAAAUAUGUCUAUUUUCAAUGUCUUGCUUUGUUGCUUUACAAUUCUUAAUUUUAGUUAACUUUGAGACAGUUUUCCUUCAAUAAAUUCCACUUCAACUUUUCUAUCGAAACUAUUUCCAUAGAAAAUUUAUAAUCUUACUAAUUUAUUUUUUUACUAAUUCAUUUCGAAUUAUUUGUAAACACCAAAACUUGUACUUACUACUUGUCUACUUUACAGUCGCGAGGUACUAUAUGGAACCCAAAAGCGUAUGCUUCUCAAAGUUUUAAAUAGUUCGAAGGGUUCCGUAUGAACCUACGUGCGCUAUUGAUAUGAUGACAAAUGUAGCUUUUAAGCAUGCAAAUAUUUAAGGCAUUUUAUAGGGCAAGAAAUUAAUGUUUCCUAUAAGUACUAUAAGUGUUCCAGUGUUAAAGAAUUGUCUCAGUUAGAAAAGGCAACUGGUUAAAAAACCAAUAAUGUGAAAUACUCUUCUAGAAAUAGAUUGUCUCAUGUGUAUAGCUAUGUCCUCAAAGGCAGUAAGUAAGUAAAUUUGUAAAGUAGUUAUUUGAUUAUUGUAUUAAGAAUAGUGAGUUAUAAACAAAUUCGCUCAUUUUCGUUAAACUACAUAUUAUUAUUAACUACUACGUAGGGUCUCACGUUGACGUCGUGCGUUUUUUCAGCGUCAUAUUAAUCUACACGAGCAGUUAUUUUUCUAAAGCCGCAUUUUCAUAUAACCUCUAGCCGCCCAGACGUCAAAACCUGCCAAGUCAAAUGCAAUUUUGAUUUGUCAAAAUACAGAUUCAAAUUGGAAUGGAACCGGAGACCUUUUAAUAGGUCUCUGGGCGGUUAGAGGAUCGCGUUUUGAGUGUCAAAACAAAAUGUUUCCUCUUCCCAUUUGCUAUUGGAGCAAGUGUUUUCAUUAACCGAACGAACGAUUGCGAACGGUUUAUCGCUCAAAAUUUUUCAGAACACAAAGUGAAAACGUAGUUUAAAUGAUUUAUUGAUUUCCUUGAUAACGGUUCCAAUAAUUAUAUCCAUAACUUUUUAGGAGCAAGAUCAAUAUCGAUAUUAUCGUCAUAAUUUUGGCUGCUAUGGUAACAGCAACAUUUCAGUAGAAGGACCCACGUUAGACCGGGCCGUGUCCGGACCGGAGCCUCCGGUGCAUCGUUUUCUAGAGAAAGCAUCAUACGUGAUCAGCGAUUGGCGUCAACGGGAUAACAAAGCGUGAAGGAAUUUUAUUGUAAAUAAUGAAAAUAAAAUAUACGAAGUGUGAAUAUUUACUUGGCUACUAAGUACUUAGAGCGUGUUUGAAAACGAAUAAAAACAAUUGGGAUUAGGAGAAAAAUAAUACUUUUAGGAUACGUAAACGUUUUCGUUUGUCUAAACAUUAUCUCACUUUUGAACGCAUCACUGCUGAACAGCAAAUUAAAUUAGUUUUUAGUUUAAUUUAUUUUCGUUUGUCUUUAUUUAAUUUAGUUUAUAUUUAUAUUUAAGUUUAAUUUUUUACUAGCGUUAUGUCUCUUUACAUUUUUGUUGUUAUUAAAUAAAAUAGUUAAAGUAAUCUAAAAAAAAUAUUGUAGGUAAAAUAUAUAACUAGUCAACUAAGAAUAAAAUGUUAAGACCAAAGAACGGGUAUAGUGACCAAAGAGAUGUCGGUUGUAAAUGUAGCCAAAAUAGGCUUUAUCUUAGCUCGUGUAAAUGUUCUAGAAAGAUGGUUAUAAAAAUAUUCACAUGUGUAUACCUUGAAAUAAAUAUGAUUAUUAUGGUA